AGCGAAGCGUCAUUACCUUGCUCGACCAUUGGCAAAUAUUUUCUGAGCUUUUUUUCACCUGCCUCGUCCAUCCCCAACCACAAACUCCUACACCAGCCCAGUCUCCCUUUCCUCAACCCUCAUCCUCCAUCACAAGAAGCUUUCUGUUUCUUUCUUCCUUGCCAUUCCCACCUUCUACACCCUACUCUGUAUUGUAGAAUUAUCUUUCUUUAAUUAGAUCAAGAUGCUCGCCUCGCGCAUGUCCAGGGCUCUGCCCAGAGCUUCGCGCUCUGCAGGUCUCCUGCGCAAGUCCGCCGUUCCCGCCCUGUCUCGUUUCCAAUCAACAGACGGCAAGGUCCAGGGCGCCGUGAUCGGUAUCGAUCUGGGAACCACAAACUCUGCCGUGGCCAUCAUGGAGGGCAAGACCCCCAAGAUUAUCGAGAACUCAGAGGGUGCCCGCACAACACCAUCAGUGGUUGCUUUCGCCGAGGAUGGUGAGCGUCUCGUCGGUGUCGCUGCCAAGCGUCAAGCAGUCGUCAACCCCGAGAACACCCUCUUCGCCACCAAGCGACUCAUCGGCCGCAAGUUCACCGACGCUGAGGUCCAGCGCGACAUCAAGGAGGUUCCUUACAAGAUCGUCCAGCACACCAACGGAGACGCCUGGGUGUCCUCCCGCGGCCAGAACUACUCGCCCUCGCAGAUUGGUGGUUUCGUCCUGCAGAAGAUGAAAGAGACUGCCGAGGCCUACCUCAGCAAGCCCGUCAAGAACGCCGUCGUCACUGUCCCUGCCUACUUCAACGACUCCCAGCGUCAGGCCACCAAGGACGCCGGUCAAAUCUCGGGUCUGAACGUCCUCCGUGUCGUCAACGAGCCCACUGCUGCUGCCCUGGCCUACGGUCUGGAGAAGGAGGCUGACCGCGUUGUCGCUGUCUACGAUCUGGGUGGUGGUACUUUCGACAUCUCCGUCCUCGAGAUUCAGAACGGUGUCUUCGAGGUCAAGUCUACCAACGGUGACACCCACCUUGGUGGUGAGGACUUCGAUAUCCAGCUUGUGCGACACAUGGUCCAGGACUUCAAGAAGACCUCUGGCCUCGACCUGUCCAACGACCGCAUGGCUAUCCAGCGUAUCCGUGAGGCCGCUGAGAAGGCCAAGAUCGAGCUGUCUUCCUCCCUGCAGACCGACAUCAACCUGCCCUUCAUCACUGCCGACGCCUCUGGACCUAAGCACAUCAACCUGAAGCUCACCCGUGCUCAGCUUGAGAAGAUGGUCGACCCUCUCAUCACCCGGACCGUUGAGCCCGUCAAGAAGGCUCUCAAGGAUGCCAACCUGCAGGCCAAGGACAUCCAGGAGGUCAUCCUGGUCGGUGGUAUGACCCGUAUGCCCAAGGUCACCGAGGUCACCAAGAGCAUCUUCGGCCGUGACCCCGCCAAGUCUGUCAACCCCGAUGAGGCUGUUGCCAUUGGCGCCGCCAUCCAGGGUGCCGUGCUCUCCGGUGAGGUCAAGGACCUCCUGCUCCUGGACGUUACUCCUCUGUCCCUGGGUAUCGAGACCCUGGGCGGUGUCUUCACCCGUCUCAUCAACCGCAACACCACCAUCCCCACCAAGAAGUCCCAGGUCUUCUCCACUGCCGCCGACUUCCAGACCGCUGUCGAGAUCAAGGUCUACCAGGGUGAGCGUGAGCUCGUCCGUGACAACAAGAUGCUCGGUAACUUCCAGCUUGUCGGCAUUCCUCCUGCCCACCGUGGUGUCCCCCAGAUCGAGGUCACCUUCGACAUUGACGCCGACUCGAUUGUGCACGUCCACGCCAAGGACAAGUCCACCAACAAGGACCAGUCCAUCACCAUCGCCUCCGGAUCUGGUCUGUCUGAGAACGAGAUCGAGCAGAUGGUCCAGGACUCUGAAAAGUACGCCGAGGCCGACAAGGAGCGCAAGGCUUCCAUCGAGGCUGCCAACCGCGCCGACAGCGUUGUGAACGACACCGAGAAGGCCCUGAACGAGUUCGCCGACCGCCUGGACAAGGCCGAGGCCGAGCAGAUCAAGGAGAAGAUCACCUCCCUGCGCGAGUUCAUCUCCAAGAGCCAGGCCGGCGAGGGUACCCUGACCGCUGCCGAGAUCAAGGAGAAGACCGACGAUCUCCAGAUGGCCAGCCUGAACCUCUUCGACAAGAUGCACAAGGCCCGUGCCGAGUCCGGCGAGCAGCAGGCCCCCAACAACGAGGGUGCCGCCGAGGGCGAGAAGAAGGACGAGACCAAGUAAAUCUAGUCUCGGCAAAACCGGAUCAGCGACGUUAUUAUACCCCUUUCACGCCAUUUCGUGGCCAUGUGUGUCUAAGCAGCGCGGGAGCAUGAUAGACCUACUUUCCUAACCUCUGUAUCCACCCUGUACUCAUAUACUCCGCACCUCCUCAGGCUACCUCAUGGACGGCCACUCCUCCUUUCACGCUACUUCAUACUGUGUCUAAUCACCAACUGGGCGGUGACGGCGUUCUGAGCAUCAAAACAAAACUCUUCUUUUGCGUUCGAUUUUUUUUUUGGUCGGGGCCCAGAUCAUUUGACGAAAAAGGAUUCUGAAUGACACUACGACGGCAUGGUUUUGGGGGGACAAAGAUCUCUCAAAAAUGUGUGUACAAUUGUUAGAUGUUGAUGACAACGCAAGAUAAUAUGACAACCCCCCUCAACCAUCUUGGCUCAAG